GCCGCGGGCAUGGACUAUUCCUACGACGAGGACCUGGACGAGCUGUGCCCCGUGUGCGGGGACAAGGUGUCCGGCUACCACUACGGGCUGCUCACGUGCGAGAGCUGCAAGGGCUUCUUCAAGCGCACGGUGCAGAACAACAAGCACUACACGUGCACCGAGAGCCAGAGCUGCAAGAUCGACAAGACGCAGCGCAAGCGCUGUCCCUUCUGCCGCUUCCAGAAGUGCCUGACGGUGGGGAUGCGCCUGGAAGCCGUGCGUGCUGACCGCAUGCGGGGUGGCCGGAACAAGUUUGGGCCCAUGUACAAGCGGGACCGGGCCUUGAAGCAGCAGAAGAAGGCACAGAUUCGGGCCAAUGGCUUCAAGCUGGAGACAGGCCCUCCGAUGGGGGUGCCCCCGCCGCCCCCUCCAGCGCCGGACUACAUGCUGCCCCCCAGCCUGCAUGCGCCUGAGUCCAAAGGCCUGGCCUCUGGUCCACCUGCUGGGCCACUGGGCGACUUUGGGGCCCCAGCAUUGCCGAUGACCGUGCCCAGCACCCACGGGCCCCUGGCUGGCUACCUCUACCCUGCCUUCCCUGGUCGUGCCAUCAAGUCCGAGUACCCGGAGCCCUAUGCCAGCCCCCCACAGCCUGGGCUGCCCUAUGGCUACCCAGAGCCCUUCUCUGGAGGGCCCAGUGUGCCUGAGCUCAUCCUGCAGCUGCUGCAGCUGGAGCCGGACGAGGACCAGGUGCGGGCGCGCAUCGUGGGCUGCCUGCAGGAACCGGCCAAAGGCCGUCCCGACCAGCCUGCGUCCUUUGGCCUCCUGUGCAGGAUGGCUGACCAGACCUUCAUCUCCAUCGUGGACUGGGCACGCAGAUGCAUGGUCUUCAAGGAGCUGGAGGUGGCCGACCAGAUGACACUGCUGCAGAACUGCUGGAGCGAGCUGCUGGUGUUCGACCACAUCUACCGCCAGAUCCAACAUGGCAAGGAGGGCAGCAUCCUGCUGGUCACCGGGCAGGAGGUGGAGCUGACCACUGUGGCCGCCCAGGCGGGCUCCCUGCUGCACAGCCUGGUGCUGCGGGCGCAGGAGCUGGUGCUGCAGCUGCACACGCUGCAGCUGGACCGCCAGGAGUUCGUCUGCCUCAAGUUCCUCAUCCUCUUCAGCCUUGAUGUGAAGUUCCUGAAUAACCACAGCCUAGUGAAGGAUGCUCAGGAGAAGGCCAAUGCUGCCCUGCUCGAUUACACCCUGUGCCACUACCCGCACUACGGGGACAAGUUCCAGCAGCUGCUGCUGUGCUUGGUGGAGGUGCGGGCCCUGAGCAUGCAGGCCAAGGAGUACCUGCACCACAAGCACCUGGGCAACGAGAUGCCCCGAAACAACCUGCUCAUCGAGAUGCUGCAAGCCAAGCAGACUUGAGCCUGGGCCGACUGGGGCAGGGCUGGGGCUGGUGGGGGGUGGGGCACAGCCACCCCGAAGCCCUCCAGGUGGUUUGUUUUAUGAUGCCAACCCAGGAGCCCCAUCCUGUAGGCCCCUGCCCCUGAGCUCUGAUGCUGUGUGUUUGGGAAGGUAGGUGAUACCGGGCAGGCCUGGCUAAGGUGGGGUGGCCCCUGCCAGCCCCUGACACUUGCCUGCGACUCAGAGUGCCCCCAGGCACUGGCUGCUGAGCACCCCUCCCCUCCCCCUGCUCCCAGCUGUCUGUCCUGGAGCCUGAAGCUCGGUCUGGGGAGGAGGUUCGGGAUUCCCUGGUGGGCCUCAGUGUCCCCUGGGUCAGAGAUCAUCCCUUCCCCCUCUCCUGAGAACAGACAGGGAGAAGCUGAGCGGGCAUCAACUGGGGGAGAAGAGUGCAUCCCCAGAGCUCCCCCAUGGAGACCAGGAGGGAAGCCCUCUGCUUUGUAAACCAGGGAAACCGAGUUUGCUGAAUUGAUCGGGGGCUGUAGGCACCUAGAGGACACUGGGAGACUGGUCAGGACAGAAAGACCCCUCCCUAGCCCUUCAACCCCAUCUGCCUUCUGCAGGGGGGCCUUUGCUCCAUUAUCUGAAAGGAGUUUUGCCACAAUCAUCUUUCUAUCCCAUUCCCACUGGGGAGACGUUUGGUACAUGUGCUCCCCACUGGAGGCUGGCCAGCCCAGGCUGGUAUUUAUCUGCAAGGCUAUAGUCAAGAAGUUUUGUGGCUUUUUGGUUUUUUUUUUUUUUUUUUUGCCAAGACACUUCGUGAAAGAUGUGUGUGAUGGAGGGCAGGGGACAGAUCCGAGGACUGGGGCUGGGAUUUGGGGAUUAGCGCCGAGCACAGCCCUUGGUUUCUCCCCACUCUCAUAGCAAGCACCCGAGGGGCGGUGCUGGUUCGCUAUUUCUGAGCCCCCACCCCAUCCAGACAGAGGUGUUGCUUGCCCUCCACCCCACUAGAUGGACAGUAGGAUGCCCCGGUGGGGGGCUCAGAGUCACUGUGGGUGAACUUGGGAGGGUGUGUGUGUCUCUAGAUCAGGGACAAUGCCGAUGGGCCCCUCCUUCAUGGCCCCGUCCUAUUGGGUCUCUUGCUGCAAAUCCAGGAAGCUGGGCCUCAGCUCCCUGGCCUCCUGCCCUAUGUCCUAUGUCCUAAAAGACACUCUCCAGAGCCAGCUGGACGAGACUGGGCAUCCCUGCCCCCCACCUUCCACCACCCUGUCUCAGUCCCCACCUCUACCCCCUGAAACGUGUGCCCCUGCCAAGGCCAGAGACCCACAGCCCCAAAAUGAGAAGUGCCCUUAAGAAAUCUCCCCAGCCCCCGCAGCCCUGGAAUAAAUUUUGCAAUUAGUUUCCA